UUCAAACGACAUGAUAUCCUGCUAAAAAUAAUGCUGUUUAAAAAAUUGUAAUUGUAACUACAUCAAACAGGUAAUGUGCAACUUGUCGUGUGGAGGCUUCACCACUUCGUCCGUGUUCAGUGUUCCAACAAGGCAACAACUCAAACGUUGUCAACUGUUUGUUGAGGUUUCAUCAGCUUCCUCCAAUCAAUAUAUUCGACCUAUCUCUCUCUGCUUCUCUGUUAAUUCAUAAUGGGUUUGGAGUUGUUCUUUUGGCUUAUCAUUUGUUUCCCUUUCCACAUCGUUUUUUUAGCCUCAACGUUCUACCAGGUUUUGAUGCUGACUGACUUAGAAGCCGAUUUUAUCAACCCAUAUGAUGCUUCAUCAAGGAUUAAUUAUUUCAUCGUUCCUGAGUUUAUUGGGCAGGGAUUGUUGUGCGCUUUCUGCCUUUUAACAGGUCACUGGAUCAUGUUUUUGUUGACGGUUCCUGUUACAUGCUACCAUGUGAUGCUGUACAUGAAACAGCAGCAUCUCAUCGAUGUUACUGAAGUGUUUAGAGCACUUAACUCUGAGAAGAAAUUUCGCUUGGCCAAACUUGCGUAUUACAUAACAAUCAUCAUUAUAACUGUCUUCAGUUGCCAUCACAAGGCAGAAUUGCAACUGGCUGUUGAUGCUUGAUGAGGAUGGAUUCUUGAACAGGUUCCUGAUAUCCUUCCAAAUCAUACCAAUAGUAAUGGAUGCUGCAAUGGAUUUCAUCAUACACAAUUGGGAACUCUUAUUUUGGAUCUUUAAACGUGUGUUUUCAUUUUAAGUGAUCAUGAGAAACAUGAACUUGCUUCCUAGUGUAUUCCACUUCUGUACCUAAAUUUUAGGAACUGAAAUUAGAGUUUUCACUGCAUUAAAGUAUGUGCUUAUACACCACUAACUGAAUGGAACUCAAAGAUCUUUGCUGCCAUAUUAAUGUGUUUGUGAGCAAAGGAACCUUUUAGAAAGGUUAAGCGACCUGUGUUAGAUUGGUGAAGAUGAACAGUACUAUACCUCUAUUAUAAUUUAUAACCAUUCCAGGCUCUGAAAUAUUGGGUUGCAAAGUACCUAGCCUGUUCACUUGCCUUCUUGUUAUGAGUAUUUUUUUCCUUUUUAUCUUGUUACAAAAUAAAAUGAAUGUUUUUUUUUUCUUGA